AAAAAAAAAAAAAGUUAAAAAAAAAUGUAGUUGUUGAACACUGCAAGAGUAUGGCCCAAGUUUUGGUGAAAUGCCUUUCAUUUUAUAGAAUAUUAAACUUAAGAUCUUCAAAUGUUGCCAUUUGGGAGGAUGAAUUUUAAAGCAUGUUAUUCAUAGAAAUGACUUCAUUCAGCAUUCUCGCUGUAUUCUUCCUAAUCCUUCCCAUCCUUGCUAAUGAUGAGAGGUGCUCAUGCUGAGGAACUAUCUGGAGGGAGCAUCUAAGUGGGAGGCAGAGGCUGGAUCCUCGUCCACUUCUGUCUGCUUAAAAGCUGUAUGGCCUGAGUGAGGCAAGUAGCUCUUUGGUCCUUUCCGUAUUUGAAACUCAACAGUACUCAUUCUGUGAUAGCACAAUCAUUUCCACAGUAAACCCUUUACAUCUUCUGCUGGGCAUGAGCAGAUAGAGCACCAGAGUACUGUUUAUAUUGAAGCCCGGCAAGGGGUGGCACAGCAAAACUGAGAAGUCACUGGAGCGUGACCACGGCGACCUUUUCUUCCCCUGGGUGUCCCUCCCGGGGCCUCAGAUCUCCCAAGGGAGUAUCACUCCAGCGGCCUCCUGCCCUGGCCAUCCAGUUUUUCCAAUAAAAAAUAAUCUUACUAGUUCAUCGUCCAAGCCCCAUAACAAGGAAAUUUAUUUUUGCUGCUUUCAUUUCUUGUUUCUCCAGAUAUGCUUCAUGAUAAAACAGAUGCUUCUCACAUUCAUUGCCUAAGCUUGGAUUUUGCCAUUUAUAGCAUGUCAUACCUGUUUUUAAAACAUAAACUUCACAUUUAAUACAUCUUUAGAUUUGUGCAGUGUAGCAAAAGGUCAUACAGAAUCACAACUAGUGGCUGAAACUUGACAAAUUAUUUGUAAGUAAGCUUUUUCAGAACUAGCCAUUACAUAUCAAUUUUUGCAUGCAUGAGCUCCAAAGGCAACUUAGAAGCCUUUCUUUGCUUUUCUUUCACUAAAAUAGAGAUUAAAUACUUAAAUUGGAAGGAGAAUUAAAAGAAUAAUGUUGGUAUUAAUUUAUAAUAUCUUUAAACAGAUGACUUGUCGAUAUUUAUUGCCUAACAAAAGCUUUUGCUAGCCUAUUCCUAAUACAACAUAUUAAAUCGCAAGAUAACACGGGGUUGUGAUUGCACAUGAUGAUCAUAACUCCUGAUAUAAAGUAGUUAACUAAAAUUAAUUGCAUACAACUUUCAUAGAUAAGGCAAUUAUUUAGGUGUUGAACACCUACAUCUGCAACAAAAGACACUUAAGCAUCCUUAACAUGAAGUCUAAAAAUUCCUGACACAUUGUAGAUAAAGAUCAUCUCUUCACCUGAAGUUUAUGAGUAGGAAAAGCCACAUACAUCCAUGUAAGAGUACACUGUCAUUCAAUUUGUACUGUCUCUAGUCAUUAAAGUAUGUAUAGGUAAAAUACAUGAAAUAACUAAGUAAUUUAUAUUAAUCCAUACUCUUUGAAAAUCUAAUCAGACCAUUCCUAUAUUAUCAGUGAAAAUUAUGGUAUAAAAAUACUCUUACUACUAAAACACUAAAAUGUUUCUGUAAUUUUGUUCCAUUUGGAUUAGAAAACAUUAUAAUGAAAAAUGCCUUAUAAAUUACUAAAAUUAGCUUCUCAUAUUAUUAUUAAAAUCUACCACUACAAUGUUUGGUAAAAUAAAAUUGCACUUCACAUACUGUUCAAGAAAGCUUGGUUUCAUUUUUAAGGCUUUGCAGCUGCUUCAUUUUUUAAAACAUGCUAUAUUGUCUCAUUGCUUGGAUCCCAGAUUGUUUGCUAUAACCCAACGCUUAGCCCCUUUAUUGCAGCAUACAAAUUCCUCUGAUGUUGACAGUGUACUUAUAACCCCAAGUCACAAUAUGUGGUCUGUUUGAGCCACUACAGUUAACCUCUAUUUAUCUCUUUGCUGUCCGCUUUGAUUAAUUGCAUUCAUGGAUUCACAAAAUAUCUUAAAUGGUAUGUUGUUAUACUGGCUGUCAUAUUUCAUACAGAUGGAUCUUCCUGAUGAAGAACCUGACCGAUUAAGCAGCAAACUGUUGCAGUAUGACCCCAGCCAAGAUCAAUGGACGGAGCGGGCACCCAUGAAGUACUCCAAGUACCGAUUCAGUACAGCUGUCCUCAACAGUGAGAUUUAUGUUUUGGGUGGAAUUGGCUGCUUAGGUCAAGACAAAGGCCAAGUUCGAAAGUGCCUUGACGUGGUGGAGAUCUAUAACCCUGAUGGGGACUUUUGGAGAGAGGGCCCACCUAUGCCAAGUCCCCUGCUCUCACUUCGAACCAAUUCUACCAAUGCAGGAGCUGUGGAUGGGAAGCUGUAUGUCUGUGGGGGUUUCCACGGAGCAGACCGCCAUGAGGUCAUCUCCAAAGAAAUCUUGGAGCUAGACCCAUGGGAAAACCAAUGGAACAUUGUAGCCGUCAAUGUCCUCAUGCAUGACAGCUAUGAUGUCUGCCUGGUGGCGAGGAUGAAUCCCCGAGACCUCAUCCCCCCGCCUUCAGAUUUGGUGGAAGAAGGCAGUGAGCACUGAGGUCAGCACUGCUCUGCGGCCUCUGUUUUGUCUGCAAAGGAGGCUUUAGGAACAGAGAGCCCACAGCUUCCACCCGCACCCAGGACGUGUGUUGCAUGCAUAGUGGCCCAUGUGAAAAAAGCAGUGUGUGCUGGGUGCUCAGUGUGUACGGUCCACCCUCAGGGACCUCCAGUUGGUGAAGAUGGACAAGACACUACAAGGCUGAGUGUGACCAUGGCACAAGUGCACAGGGAGGGUGCCACAGGAGUACAGGGGAAGGAGGGGCCUCGCAGUGCUGGGCACGUUACCGAACAUUACCUGGGCCUCCAAGAAUGAGGAUGAAGCAGUCCCAUGGUAAGGCCAUGGAAACAGCUGAGCAAAGGCACAGAGCACGGCCAGAUGGCCUGGGCCACACACUCUGCUACUGAGGCUGGAAAAGCUGGUUGUAGCUAAAUGACCAAUACCAGGCCGACCCAGGACUCUGGUCGUGGUCUCUGAGCACAGUCUCAAAAUUGUGAGGUUAAGGGUAGAUGUCUCUCUGUGCUCUGUUCUGGCCUCAGUCUUAACACUGUCCAUUCACAUGCAGAAUAUACCCUUCUACUGUGGCAGCGUUGUGCAAAGUGGAGCUAGCAGUGGGCUACAGUUUCCUAGCGGCUCUGGCACUCAGGCCCCACCGCAGUGAGAGGAGGAAUGCCAUCCCGGAUCAGGUGCCCGUCAGGGACAGAGAAGUGGAGGUCUACCCCAGCCCUCCCUGGGGUUGGUAAGUGUCCUGGACUGGACUGCCCUUGACUGGCUCUCAGCACACACACCUCUGCAGGUUGGCCCUGGCUAAACACAACUGGCCUAGACCAGCAGCAGCUGGGGCCCUGCGUGGAGGACAGGAGGCACAUCGCCUCGGCUGCCUGCUGCCUCUUGGAUCCAGCCUUGGCAGUACCUUCCCCAACACUGGAGGGAAAGCAUGGAGCCACCUCUUUAGCCCACAGUUGAGCAUAAUCAGAAAGCAGCUACUCCCAAAAUGUAUUUCAGAGAUGACAUUUAAACAGCACAUGGGAAACUGCAUCCAUUUUACUUACUAUCUAUACUUCUGGAAGCACAGUGGAUUCAAAGAAUGCAUUUGGUAGCUGUUCUUCAACAACUUCUCAAGGCUUCCACAUUGCACGGCGCUCUUUUGUAAAUAGGAGUGGUCAGUACAUUUUCCCAGAGGGGGACAGCCUGGCUUGAGACAGCUCUCCUUUGCUGCAGAACUUCUUUGCUGGGUCUGUGGUGACCGCUAGCCCGGGUGCCCAGGUUCCAGCUGCUCCACCAGGCAGCAGAGGCAGGUCCAGAUGGAAACCUGUUGCUGACUCCUUAAGGGGGGACCACUUAGACCAGCGUGGUUGUCCCCUAGCAGGCUGGAUGCUAGGAGAGCAGGGACCCUGUCUCUCUGUAGCUGUGCCCUGGUGCCACCGCGGUAUGUGGCACAUGGGUGCACCUUGGUGUGGCCAGCGUGGGGUAGCAUUUCUCCAUCUGAAAGCUGCCUCUCUGAGCAUGUCUAGGAAUCUGAAUUUCAGCAAGCUAAGCCUUCUUCCUGGUGGAGGCCAUAAUCUCUGCAUUCUUUCCCUUGCUGCAAAAUUGGAGCAGACCCUCCUGGGGGACUAUGCUGGCUGGGGGCCACCAGGUCUCUGCUUCCCGCACUUCCUCGUAACAGAACCGCCACACUUGCUGGAACAAACCAGAAGCCGCCACAUUUCCCUGGACCAGGCAGGCCUUCUGGGAGUGUCAUGAUACAUCUUCUAGAUGCACUGGGUACAAAAUCUAGGCUCCAGCCCCCAGCUUUUCUACUUAGCUAGUGGUGUGACCGUGGACAAAAUGACCUUCUCAAAAACUUAUUUUCCUCAAAUGCAAAAUGGAAAGAAAAAUGCUUCAUAGGGCUGGUGUGACGACUGAGUGAGAAGGUGCCGAGCAAAGUGCCGGCUAGAUUCAGAAACAGUAGACCUUCCGUAGCCGCUCUUGUUUUUAUUACCGUAACCAUUGAAACCAGCGUUUCUCAAAGCAGAGCGCCUCAAACAACCCGGGACUUGAGUGGAAUCUCUUGGGAUUUCAGGGACACAGUCCUUCAUUUCCCAGAGCCAGCAGCCAGGCAGCUGCGGUGGGCAUCAGAUGAACAAGCGAGGCUUUGCGUCAGUAUUUGCUCCGGGCUCUGGGUGCUUCCUGUCCUGCACGUUUGUAAUUACAGACAAGACCCUUCCGCCCACCUCGUGUUGGAUAUCGUUAGAGAUCCCAGUUUGAAGCCUCAUUUCCCCACCCCUCCUUUUUCCACUUUAGCUGAAGGGUGUCCCGUCAUCGCCCGGAGGACUCAUAAAACUUAACUGUUCCCUCCUUCCAGUCUUGGGGAGGCGGGAUUGCUUGACCCUGAGCAACACAGCAGGGGGAUGACCAGGGCGCUUCCACUGUCAGCCUCCCCGGGGCGCAGUUUGUGUCCAUCAGGAAAGCGACACUGUUCGACUUUCUAACAAGCAAAUGCUUCAAAUUUGAACUUACAAAAUAAAGUUUUACUAAUGAA